CCCUCUGGUCCCGCCCCGGCUCCCGCGCUCCCGUUGCCUGCGGGGGCGCGUCCCCGACGCCCUACAUAUACUCAGGUGCGCCGCACCUGCUCGCCCGCACCUGCCGCCUCCCGGCCCAGCUCUCCGCCGUGCACCGCAGCCCGGGGCCCGGGGCCGCACUCCUCCUGGGGGCCACGCCCGAACGGCCCCUCCGCUUCUCUGGGUAGGCUCUGAGCACGCCGGAGGGAACCGCCUGGCCUUCGGGGGCCUCUUUUGUCUGGAACCAGUCCUUCGGGCGAAGCCGGUUCCCUGUGCUGGGAGAGAGUCGCUUCACCGGAGGGGACGAUUUGUGUUUACCUCGGUUAACAAGAUUUGCAGUUAACCGGCUCAAAAAAAAACAAACUUUUUCCUAUCUCUAGGUGGCUUAAAUCUCCAUCCAGUUUUUUUGUUUUUUUGUGUUGCUUCCCAGAUUUUGUUUUACUGUCGGGUCGCCCUCCCGGCGCGUCCCAUCUUUUCUGAGACGGAAAUGGCCAAUGCGGGCCUGCAACUGCUGGGCUUUUCGAUGGCCCUGCUUGGCUGGGUGGGCCUGAUAGUGAGCACUGCCAUCCCGCAGUGGAGGAUGAGCUCGUACGUGGGCAGCAUCGUCACAGCCCAGGCCAUGUACAAGGGGCUCUGGAUGGAGUGCUCCACGCAGAGCACCGGCUUGUCAAGCUGCAAAUCCUACGACUCGGUGCUCGCUCUGCCGGCGGCCUUGCAGGCCACUCGAGCCCUAAUGGUGGUGUCCAUAGUGUUGGGCUUCAUAGCCUUGUUGGUCGCCACAAUGGGCAUGAAGUGUACAAACUGUGGGGGAGAUGACAAAGUGAAGAAGGCCCGUAUAGCCAUGACUGGAGGCAUCGUUUUCAUCGUGGCAGGUCUUGCUGCCUUGGUAGCAUGCUCCUGGAUUGCACACGACAUUAUCACAGAGUUUUAUAACCCCUAUACACCCACGAAUGCGAAGUACGAGUUUGGUCCUGCCAUCUUUAUCGGCUGGGCAGGGUCUGCUCUGGCCCUCCUGGGAGGUGCCCUGCUCUCUUGCUCCUGUCCUGGCAGUGAAAAUAAUGCUGUAUACCGGGCACCCCGCUCCUACCCUAAAUCAAAUUCUGCCAAGGAGUAUGUGUGAGCUGGGGUGCUCAGCCUGCGUGCAAGGUGUGGGAGGGACAAAGGCCUCCUGGUCACUCCAUCCCUGAACACCAUGUACGGUUGGGGGGGGGGUGCAUCUUGGGGAGGGGAGGGCUUGGGAGAAGACAAAACAUGGGGUGUGCUUUUGUACAGUAAUAAAAAUUAAGUUUUGGAAAU